UAUAUAUCUCAUAUCUGAAACUUCAAUUUCAUCAUUCCUUUAAAGGGCUCUUCUUGUUUUCUCACUUUGCAUUAUCAUCACUUAUAAAUCAAACCCUAACUCUUUUUUAGUUUCGAGAAAUUAAAUUAAAUUAAAGUUUUUGUUUCUUGCAUGGAUGGAUCUUUCUAGUGGACAUCACCAGGAAAUGGCUACACAUUCAAUGGAAAACAUGUUAGUUUGUUCAAAACCAAAUCAAGAAAUGAGAAAAGCAAAACCACAACCGGACCAAGCAAUAAAAUGUCCAAGAUGUGAUUCAGCCAACACAAAAUUCUGCUACUACAACAAUUACAGUCUCUCACAGCCAAGAUACUUCUGUAAAUCAUGCAGAAGAUAUUGGACUAAAGGAGGCACUUUAAGAAAUGUUCCGGUAGGCGGCGGUUGUAGAAAAAACAAAAGAUCAUCAUCAUCGUCAUCAUCUUCGUCGUUAAAAAAGAUACCAGAUCAUCCUCACCAUCCCUUCAUUAACCCUAAUAAUACUACAAAUCCGCUUACUGGCUAUGACCUGUCAAUUCUUGGAAACUUAAACAGUAUUACCCAUUCUGAUAAUCUCAUUCUUGAAAACCCUAACCCCACUUUUCUUGAUGCUUUAAGAACUGGGUUUCUUGAAACCCAAGAAACCAGCAGUAAUUUUCAGAAUUUGUAUUAUGGGUAUGGAUCAAAUGGUGCCAUUAAUGAAAUGAUGAUGCCUUAUGAUCAUCAUCAAGAUCAUAUGAGUGGGAGUGAAGCUACACAAGCUGUAACUGUGACAACAAUGAAGCAAGAAUUUUGCAAUGGUAGAGAAGAAGAAGAUGAUCAUAAUAAUACUAAGGUCUUGUUUGGCUUCCCAUGGCAGAUAAAUAGUAAUAAUAAUGAUCUUGAUUCUGGAAGAGAAAAUUGGAACAAUUAUGGAGUUCUUGGUGGUAAUGCAGCUUGGCACGGACUUAUUAAUAGUCCUCUAAUGUAGAACAAUUUGACGGGAAGAUCGAAUUUGAAACUAUCGGGCGGACGGAGCGACGGAAAUUUUUUUAUUUUUAGUUUAAGUAUUAAAAAGUUCUCAGUUUUUUAGACUGUUGAGUUUUGUUUUUUGUUUUUUUUAAGAGAUUUUGAUUCAACUGAAUUAUAAAUCUCUAUUUUUUUUGGUUAUCCUUUAUUAGUUUCUUGUUUAAUUUCCUUUUAUUGGUUUAUUAUAAUACUAAUGUUAAUGAAAAAUUAGGGUUUUGAUUAGAUAUUUGAAAUGAAAGUGAUGUUUCAUGUGA